GUGCUCAAUCAUCUGUUUGUGUUUCUGAAGGCUCUAAUGUUUGUCAUGAUGGAUCUGACCGAAGAAGUAUCGAACGGUGCUAUAGAUAUGGCCAAGGCAAACUUGGAGAAAAUGCUGAGAGUUUGUGUGAAUCCUGGCAUUCAGGACGGGAAUACGGAAUUGAUAGAGGCACAGAACAAAAGUCUGUACGAAGUUACUCAUGAAUUAGUAAGGCAAGUGACUUCGCCACACACUCUUGUACGAGAACAGGCUAUGUCUUCGUUACGAUUGCUCGCUGAAAUACAGAACAAAACGGUCACUGAAGUAAUGGAACCGCAUAAGGAGGUCCUGGCAGACAUGAUCCCACCCAAGAAACAUUUGCUUAGACAUCAACCGGCGAAUGCUCAGAUCGGUUUGAUAGAUGGAAACACGUUUUGUACCACGUUGAAUCCACGUCUCUUCACAAUCGAUUUAACAGAACACGAUGUGUUCUUUCAGGAACUUUUAGCACUCAGCGAGGCAGAGGAUGCCAAUCUCAAUAAACUACCUUGCUACAAAUCCGUCUCGAACCUCAUACCUCUCAGGAAAUCGGCUCUGAGAGCUUUAGCUGCCUGUCAUUACAUCGUGGCCUGUCGUGAAAGGAUUUUUGGUGUUUUGUACAAAGCUUUGGAGAAACCGAACGCAGAGUUACAAGAAGCAGCCUUUGAAUGCAUGCAGAAGUUUAUAGCUGGUUUCCAAAUUGACAUGCAAUCCGUCCACGCCAUUAUGCGUCCCAUGCUGUUAACUUUGGGUGACCAUAGGAACCUUAGUCUUAAUUGCGUUAAAAGACUUUCGUAUCUAACUCAGUUAUUUCCCAGUACAUUCAGUACUGCUCUCUGUGAGCAACUGUUGCAGCACUUGAAGAAACUAUUGGAGAAUUUAAUUCAGGCCCACAAAGGUAUAUCGAAGUCUGGGGAAAACGAACAGAAAAUAGCUACCAUCAUAGGA